AAUCAACGCCCAGGUAAGUGUGAAGCUUCUCCCUGAGCUUGGCUGUAGGUGCCAGUUGUAAGAAGAGGUCGCGCCUGGUCGCCAGCAGCAUGGCGCUCUCCUUCUCCCAGCAGAUGAUGCUGUCAGUGUCCCUGGCACUGUGUGCUUGUGUCCUGUUACCCCGGUUAUUUGGAGGAAAGGGAGACGGGAAUAUGAAGCCUGACCCCAGGAAGAUGGUCCCUGUCAACUCUCGCCCACCCAGAGAAAUGCAUGAUCAAGGCCAUAUGCAAAUAGAAAGACCAGAUACGAAGUCGUACCCGGACAUUAAACAUUUAAAACAUGCAAUGGAGAAGGAAAUGAAGGCUGAGAAGAUGAACAGUAGCGGAAGAAGCUUUGCAUUCACCCUAAUGCCACUGUAUACCAUAGGGGUAGCAGUCUUUGCAGCUUACAAAUUCACAAAAAUCAAGACCAAAGAGAAGAAUCAAUCACAAAGUGAAAAAGAAGCCGAUAAAAAGUCAAAGGAAACAGAAACCCAGCUCGUACAACUAGAACAGCACCUGUCGCAGACUGAACAAAUGCUGAAUUCUUUAUUGACACAGCUGGACCCGCUUUCUAACUGCGUUAACACAUUGGCUAGCGGUCAAAGAGAUGACAUCAUGAAUCAGCUCCAGUCUAUCAGACAGUUAAUGAAGAAGAGUGGAAUGGACAGAACUUCUCUCGAUAACAAAACCUGCGAAGAUGCAAUUGAAGAACUUAUCCUUUCAUUUAAUGAGCAGGAAAAAGACUUGUAUGAAAGAGUUGAUGAAGAGGAGGAAGAGGAGGAAAAUGAUGAACAAUCUCUAGAGCCCGAAGGGACAAGUUUAAUGCAAUAUGACAUUUCAGAGCCAUCAAAUCUAAACACAGCUGUGGAUUCUUCGGAACUCGAAGGCCAUCGUGAAUUUGAUAUUAUGCCAGGCCAGGAAUCUAGUGUCUUAAGGAAGCGCAAUAAAAAAGAAUGAGUCCUUCACAAAAAAACAUGCCUUGCAUUCUGCAUGAAUCUCCUGAACUAGCCUUAUGUUAACAUAUUUCAUUACAUGUGAUGGUUGCUAAGUUAUUGGUGUAGAGAACUUUCUAAAUAAUUCAUUCAUCUGACACUAAUGAAUAUUUUUAAGAUGAGUUUCAGAGAAUUGCAAACUGUGGGGGAAAAAGUCCUUUCCAUCUUGGCAUUGUGGUGCAAAUCCUGUAAUUUCUGAGGUUAGGUCUUGUAAACCCAGUUCACCUACAAUUAGCACUGCCUAGCCUGAUUUAGCAUUUUUCUGAAUCUCUUUAUUAGGGUGUUUUAAAGCACACACCGAUUUUAAUCACAAAGUAGAUUAUAUUGGUUUAUUGGGUAAUAUAAAGCAGAUCUGUUAAGCUUCUC